GGACGAGACGCACCAAUGCCCCUAUUUCAUCCCGCGGCUGAUGGCAGGACGGCAAAAGAGGCGAUGCGAGAUCAUUCGCACCGCUCCCCUUUCGCCGCUGACCACACAGCAUCGCUGUUGCGUCACGCGGAUCUCCUCUCAUCCCAUCCAAAUACAUUCAUACCAGUGUUAAAAAACCCAUGCUUUAAACUUGACAACAGUGCGCGCGAGUCUGACUGGAAGGUGCCCACUCAGCAUCACGACCGCCCCAGACAGAUCAGUUCACUGUUUUCCAGCAGACAAGGCGAGGCACUCGACAGGGCUGUCGCGAAGUCGGCGGCUACAGAAAGAGAGCAGGCUGCUGUGGAAAAAAUGUCACAGAGCGAAAUGCGAGAGUUUUGUGCCAGCCCCAACGAUGACAAAACAGUGCUCGACAAAGUUGACAGGGCCUUGGAAGUUGGUGACAUUUCCGAAUUUUACGACCUUCUCAACAGCAACAAUAGCUUUAACCCUGUCGAGGUUCUCCGGUUAAUUUGCAGCAAGGAUAACGUUAAGGAAGAGACGCGAUGUCGUUUCGCCAGCAUGUUGCUGUUCAAACACGACGCUCACGGCAGCGCGGAACCCUUCCCGGUUCACAAAGCGGCUGCAAAAGGCCUAUGCCGGCUACUUGCAGUUUUGGUCAACCACCCUGAGCACCCUGCAGACGCAACAGUACUCUCACGAAACGGCGAAACGGCCAUCCACGCUGCGGUGCGAGCGGCAUCGUUGAGGAAGAGAGAAGGGGACACCAGUGUCUCGGAAGAGGCUGUCUUGCGGUGCAUCAAAAUUCUGGCCUCAAAAAACUGCGACAUCCACGCCAGGGACAACAUCUCCGACAAGUUUACUGCCGUCCACUUCGCAGCCCUACACAAAUUGUGGAUCCUGGUCGACUACUUCCUCAGCCAAAAUGUUAACAUCGACAUCGAAAUCGGCAACACCACCGCUAGGGAGAUGAUUAAAAAUUUUGACUAUAGGUGGGUCGUUUAUUACGACGGUUGUUCAGAAACGGGAGAAGAUUCGCGAGAGAAACUGGUCUCGACCAUCGAAAAGUCGUCCCUGACAACCAAAGAUAAAGAGGAAUAUUUCGAAAAGUGGCUGGAGAACAACGAGUACGAGGAUCUAAAAGUGAAUGAGCCUUUCAAGGGCAGAUACACUUUGCUCGAGUGCGCCAUCAAGAACCGUCUGCCAGAAAUGGCUCGCGCUCUAAUUAAGGGAGGAGCCGACCCAAAUCCAGCCCUGUUCACGUCGGUUGCAGCUGGAGAGCAGUAUAUUAACCUGCUGAAGGAGUCUGAAACCAAACUAGACCUCUCGAAAAUGGUCCAAGGAAAAUGCAAACAAACCGUCCUCCACAAAGCAGCGCUUUCAAGCAGCCCCAGCGUCAACGUGGUCCAGCACCUGUUGCAAGAGGGCGAGCUGCAGGUGAAAAACUUCCGUGAGUGGGUCAACGCCAGGGACUUUAAAGGCUGGACGGCUCUACACUACGCUGCCAAACGCCACCUGAACGACGUGGUCACCGUCCUUUUGCGGUACAAAGCCAAUAUCUUUGUUGUCGACGACUUCGACCAACCUGCCUUUUACCACAUGCGGCCUGAGCUCAUCGAGGAGCAUCUCAAUGAUCACAUCCGCUUGAGCGAGUCUUCAUUGAUGGAUGACGACUGCGGCGUCGUUUUCGAUUUCAACUUCCUGAAUAUUCCACGAGAGAGAGUAGACAAUAGAAUGACCCCUCACAAGAACAACAGAGACAGCUACCUGGCGGUUGAAAAGGAUGAUCAAAAGCUUGUCGCAGGCCCCGUUGUCACGACCAACAGGAGCCUUCGCCCCGAAGUGGAGCCUCUGAGGAUGAUGGCCAACUCGCGCAAUCACAAAAAACUGCUGCAACACCCCAUCAUCAGGGCCUUUUUGCGCAUGAAAUGGCACCGCCUGUAUUGGUUCUAUUGGUUGAAUUGUGGCUUCUAUCUGGCGUUCACAGCUUUUUUCUUCCUGUUCGUCUUCAGCAUCGACCUCAAAAGCAUCAAUGAAGAGGGCGUGUUAACGUCUGCGGUCAACUCAAGUGGAAACGGAACAUACUUAAAUCUCAUUCAAGAGCACCACGACUUUCUAUGGGCGGCGACCAUGUCGUUGACCCUGCUGCUGGCCCUGAGAGAACUGUCGCAACUUCUAUUUCUAACGAGGAAAUAUAUUUUCAAGCUGGAGAAUUGGCUGGAGUGCCUUAUCAUAGUUUUAACCUUUUGUCUCCUGAUGGCACCGUUCAGCAAGGCCAUGGCCGCUGUACUUUCGCUGUUGGUUUCCUUGGAGAUGGUUCUCCUAAUGAGUCGGCACCCUCAACUCGCCACCUAUAUCCACAUGUUUUUGCAAGUGGCGCUGAACUUCAUAAAAUUCCUACUCUGGUACUUAUUUCUCAUCGUAGCGUUUGGCUUCUCAUUCUACAUAAUCUUCCCCACGUGCCAGAAGAGCGAGGAAGAGGAUUGCAAGAACUUUUUCAACACGAUUCCCUACUCCAUUUUCAAAACGAUCGUAAUGAUAUCAGGCGAAUACGAAUCUGGCGACCUAGAGUUCGACCACGUGUCCGUUGCCAGCCACCUAAUUUUCAUCGCAUUCCUCUUUUUCAUCUCAAUUGUGAUGGUGAACCUUCUUAACGGCUUGGCCGUCAGUGACACGCAACAAAUAAAAAAUGAAGCUGAGCUCAUUUUCUGCACUGCGCAAGCUAAAUUCUUUGCCGACAUAGAAUCAACCCUUCUAGUGACCUGUCGAGAGGAUGGCUGUUGCCCUUCAGCUUUCAGGUCGCUUGCCAGGUGGAUGAGCGAGAAGAUAUUGCUGAUUAACAAUUUAUUGGCAGAGUACGACAACAAGGUAACCGUGUUGCUGAACAAAAACAAUGAAGUGGUCCCUGAUGUGAGAUUUUGUGGAGAAAAUGAUUGCAUGUUGUGCUGCUGUGCGUGGAACAUUUUACCUUUUAGCCUACGCAGAAUAUGCAACUCAUUCAACACGAUUGUAAGUGAUGCGUUGGAGGUUAUCAACAGAAAAGAGGAAAGUGAUAAGAUGGACCAAAUGCUAGAACGAUUAGAGCGACUAGAGAAACUUUUUAUGGCCAAACAACUUGCAGACCAGUGAGGAAAGAACUACAAUAAUUUUUUGAGUCGAUAUAGCCCCUUGAGAAUUUAAGUAAAUAAGAGGGCCGAGAAAAGUAUGUUACGCAUUUUUGCAGGGUUGACUGUUUUAGUAAUUUUCUUAAAUUAUACGCCAAGUCACCUAGCCGCUUUAUAAUUUCAUCACUCUUGAAAGAAUACUCAACUUCUUGAGUUUCACUCACUCCAUAAUAAGAAUUUGUGGAAGGGCAUUUAUUUAUAUCUUUUUGUCUAUGACGCAUAAAUUUUACGAAAACUUAUGAGCGAGUUAGAGCAGAUUUAAUAUUGUAUUGUCGCUUCUCUAACAAUAAAUUGGUUAAACCUAACGGCUUUUGACAUAGAAUGAAUCAAAUUCUUGUGAAUAAACAGAAACAUAAUAACCUAAAAGACAUUUUAAUAU